UGGGGAAACCGUUGCGAAUGCAAACUCUAUCCGGUGCUACUUCUACACGGACAGCGGACCAUUGGAUGCAACAUGUGGGGACCAGUUUUACGCAAAUAGGGGCCAGAUGGCUGCCCGCACGUUCAAUCGCGAUAUGAACUUAUUCCGUGGAAGGUACAUUGUUCUCAAGAUCACAGGGGCAGAGCUAUCAGCUGAUGAGAGUACAUUAUGUGAAGGUACAAAUUUCUUUCCGAUUGACAGACGCUGUGUCGUCUUCAGAGUUGCAUGAUCUCUCACAAGGGGAAGCAGUCGGCGCGACUGUUCCCAAUCAAGAGCAUGGCAGGAAGGAGGAGGAAGGUGUCUUCAAGGCAAGGCUAUAUCUCCUGUGGCAAAAAAUGAUGCUCCAUACAAUGAUGUUUACUAGCCGCAUGCAUCCUGGCGCACUGCUCUGUUCUCAGGUGGUUUGUGGUGAUGCGUCGUUGCCUCCAUUUUGUCCGAUAUCUAUUGUUGAUGAUUGCAGAGCAGGAAUGCAAGGGUCAGUGCCAUGCCUUUGCGCAGGCAAGGGCAUCGUCGAUGUCGAUGUGGGUGUGAAUCGGCGCAGAGGGGCGAUGCGAGGGUCACUGCUGUGACUUUGUGCAGCCCAAGGGAAGGUGGAUAUAUCUGUGCGUCUUUUGACGGGAUGGAAGAUCCCAUCCUGUUUGCCCAUAGUGCGCAGAACAGCCACAGGCUGUUGAAGAGAGUGCGCAGAACAGCCAUGGGCUGUUGAAAAGACGAAGCCCAGACUCAGACCAGUACAGCAAUUAUAGCAUAUGCAAACUGUAACCGCAGCCACAUCUGUUCACAAAGAUGCUCACUGGGUUGCCGUUUGGAUUUCACUUUGGUAGUCCUCUGUUUGAUGGGAGAGUGAGGGAUUGAAAACGAAGAGAUCUCUGCUCAAGUCUGCUGUGUAUAAGUUUUGAGAGAUCGGGCAACAAAGCUUGGUCCCGUCUGCGUAGUUUUUCAGAGAAAGAGAGCUCAGUCGACACCCCUUGGGCGUUUCGGGAAAGGUGUGCAUCUCAGAAUCGACACAGCACUUGUUCGGUGGAUGGAUACAGAGUCAUGAACUGGGAAUGGAAUGGGGCAUGCAUGUGAAAGAAGGAUAGCUCUUCAACCUAAUGACAGUAAUGCAGUAGUUUGGUUGGGGAGCCUGAUGGAGGAGUGCAAGUCCUUUUGUCGAAGGGGAUUUCGUCAAGACCCUCAAUCUACUGUGACCAGGGUUUCUGCGAGAAGCUGCGCUCUUUCAUAGGCUGUUCCCUGUACAUAGAAUUUUUUUAACCGAAGAGACUGUCAUAGGUGAGGUGUGGAGGCACUGUUUUGGCCGGCUGACAGUGGCAGGAUGUUUGGUAUUUGCCUUUUUCUCUUGAGGUUUAGCAAUGCAAUGCUAUUUUCUGAUUUGUUUUCAGACUCUUGGGAGAAGUGCAGCGUCCACAUUUUCUUCCGGAAGAUUGUAGCCAUUGUUUAUUUGUUGAUGGGCAUGAGUAUGAUGUGUGUGCCCCUCUCCAUUUGAAGCAGAACGUUUUUGGCAGCGAUCCCAGAAGACAGCAAACAUUAAUGAUGUGCAUCAUAAUUGAACUCAUUCAUUAGUGAUUGAAACUGAUUUAUUUAGUGAUUGAAACUGAUUUCCCAUGACUCUGGAGAAUCAUGGGAAUGUGAUUAUAUCAUCUUGUUCCUUGCAGGUUUAAAUUCG